GCAACCUUAUCUCGGAUGCCCCCGGCGACCUGGGCCUUGGUCUGGGACUCUUCAAAGCAGCGAACGAGCUCCUGUCAAGGAGGAAAGCUCGAGGCACUCGGAGCGGCUGGAGCCUCCCGGCACCGUGGAGCUGACACUGGGACCCGGCACAAGCCAGCACAUCACCCCUCUCCCCCUGUCCCUGGGGAUUCAGUGGUGCCCUGGGAGCUCGACCUGCCCUGACCUGCCGUGGGACACCUCCGUGCACAGCCCCCCCAUCCAGCCAUGCUGCACUUCCUCUGGGACAGCAUCUCCUUCCAUACGCUCCUCAUCUUCCUCAUUGUCUUCCUGUUGGUCGCUGACUACAUGAAGAACAGAAACCCAAAGAACUUCCCUCCCACCCCUUUACGCCUUCCCUUUGUAGGGCACCUUUAUUUGAUGGACUUCAAAGAUCCCAUAACCACAGUGAAGAAGCUUACUAAAAAAUAUGGUGACAUCAUUGGUAUGUCCAUGGGCAGCAUGAAGCUUGUGGUAGUAAAUGGGAUGCGGCUGGUUAAGGAAGUGCUUGUAAACCAAGGGGAAAACUUCCUGGAGCGCCCAGAAAUGCCUAUUCACAAGGAUAUGUUCAGCAAGAUAGGACUGAUCUCCUCCAGUGGGCACUUGUGGAAGGCACAGAGGAGGUUCACCCUGAGCACCCUCCGAAACUUUGGCUUGGGGAAGAGGAGCGUGGAGGAGCGCAUCCAGGAGGAGUGCCGAUUCCUCGUGGAUGCCUUUAAGGAUGAGCAGGGAAAUCCUUUCAACCCUCAGUUUACACUCACUAACGCUGUUUCAAACGUCAUCUGCUCCCUUAUCUUUGGCAAUCGGUUUGACUACCAUGAUGAGGACUUCCAAAAAUUGCUGAAGCUUCUACAUGAGAUUAUUAUCCUUCAGGGAACCAACACAGCUCAGCUGUACAACUCUUUCCCAUCUAUAAUGAAGUUCCUCCCUGGAGCACACCAAACCAUUUUUAAAAACUCAAAGUUGUUGAAAAGCUACAUGCAAGAGCAGAUCAACAAGCAUAAGGAGGACUGGAACCCCUCAGAGAGCCGGGACUACAUCGACAGCUACCUGCAGGAGAUAGCCAAGGACGAGGGCAGUGACACCUUCCGGGAAGAACAUCUUAUCACUUGCUCACUUGACCUGAUGUUUGCUGGAACCGAGACCACUUCCACAACCCUCCGCUGGGCUGUGCUGUUCAUGGCCACAUAUCCAGAAAUUCAAGCCCGUGUGCAAGCCGAGAUCGACGCCGUCAUCGGACAGGCUCGGCAGCCAGUGCUGGAGGACAGGAACAACAUGCCCUACACCAACGCCGUCAUCCAUGAGGUGCAGAGGAAAGCCAACAUUGUCCCUUUCAACGUGCCAAGAAUGGCAGCAAAGGACACGAUCCUGGAUGGCUUCUUCAUCCCAAAGGGCACUGUUUUGAUGACAAAUUUAACCUCUGUGAUGUUUGACAAGAAUGAGUGGGAAACCCCCAACACUUUUAACCCUGGGCAUUUCCUGAAGGAUGGGAAGUUCUGUAAAAGGGAGUCAUUUCUAGCAUUUUCUGUGGGGAAGCGCGCCUGCCUGGGCGAGGUGCUGGCCCGCUCCGAGCUCUUCCUCUUCUUCACGUCUCUGCUCCAGAAAUUCACCUUCCAGGCACCCCCGGACACCACACUCAGCCUCCAGCCCGCGGCGGGCACGGUGACUGACCCACAGCCCUACAAGAUCUGCGCUGUGCCUCGGUAGGAAAGCCUCGGCCACAAUCCUUACAGGGAAAAUCCUUUGUCAGUAGUGCGGAAAAAAAGCCCUUGGCAACUCAUCUGGGCUAAUAAAAUAGAAAAGCUGCAAAAAAAUAAUCCCUCUGUUGCUUGGGAGCACUUUAUCCAAAGCCCAAGAGAAGGAGAAGCAGCAGAGAGUGUUGGAAGGGUCGCGCCUGUGGCAGCUCACCGCUGGCUGUCAGGAAGGAAGUGGCUUUGUGGUGAAAAGUCUCGAGUUCAACACUUCCCCUCUGUAUGUGGCAAAGAUUUGUGUCUAUGCAUGAUGGGCAUGGACACAGCGUGGGGCCAAGGAAGUGGGUUGGGACAUGGCCCCCUCGGUGACGGACACACUGCUCCUGCCCAUACCAGCUCCCUUUGGAUAAGAGUUCAUUAAACAUGCAACUUGUAAAGAGCUUUUUCAUUUAUGUGACCAAAUAUUUAUGCUCAGAAAUGCUGUCUCCUGGGUGCUUCUGUCUGCAGUGUAGUCACAGCAAAGAUUCUUCUUUUUUCUCUUGUUUGGCUUCUCACCUUUCAUAGAAGACUUUUCAAUGGGAACCCAUGUAGGACACAGAACAGUUAACAGGAAAAGAGGAUUACAUUGAGUUCCAUUUCCACUGUUUUUUUUUUUUCCCUCUACAUCCCUGACAAUCCACAUCCUCCUACAUCCACUUUGCUGCAGUCCAAAGCAAUCACUGUGCAGUGGCAGAGUUAUGCCACACGGGAGAGUCCUCUGCACAUCACAUCCCUGCCAUGCCAGGCACUCAGGGAUUCUGUCACUGAGCUGUCCUUCCAACUCAUCACUUGAAUCCUAUUGCGUUUUUAAUUAAUUUUUAACAGUCACAGGCUCCCAAGUUGUGCUAUUGUCUUUCUCAAAGAGAAAACAUAAAAGGUCGGAAAACGUUUUUCCAUCUAUGAACUUUUCAAAGGCACUCAGGACCAGGCACUUGUUUCUCUUCAUUUUUUCAUUCAUUUUGCUGUAGGUCUGACCUCAGGCAUGUAUUUUUUGCAGUGGAUUAGCAAUGAAAGAUGAUCUCUUCUCUCUUGCAUUUCAAACUUGUGUUUCCCAAUUACUUUAGGGUUUCCUCCCCUGCCUACGGAAAGAAUAAAUAAUUCAAGUAA